AUGGGGCCAAAGAAGGAAGUUGCCAAGUCUGGUAAGGCUACUAAGAGCAAGAAACCUCCAACGAGUGGCUCGGUAAAAAAGCAGAUGGGAAAGUCUGCACGUGCUGGUAAGAAUUCUGCCAAAACUCUCGCGAAGAAGUCUCCGAAGAAGCUUCACGCGGUGAAGGAUGGGAAGAUUGCGAAAUCUAGAUCUAAGAAGGCUAUGGUUGCUAGGGCUUUGAAAGUUCAGAAAGCUAUGAAUGUCGGUGCACACACGCAAGGCAAGAAGAAAGUUAUGAAGAACAUUCGAUUUCGUCGACCAAAGACAUAUAAGCCGCCACGUUGCCCUAAAGACCGCCGUUUUGAGAUUCCUAAGAGGAACAAGUUGGACGCUUUUCGCAUCAUUCGUCAUCCGGUCACAACCGAAGCGGCAAUGAAGAAGAUUGAAGACAACGAUACUCUUGUAUUUGUUGUUGACCGGCGGGCUAAUAAGCCUGCAAUCAAGGCAGCAGUUCAGGAAAUGUACAAAAUCAAGGUUGCGAAGGUGAAUACUCUUAACUGUCCGAAGAACAUAAAAAAGGCCUAUGUGAAACUGCCUCCGGACUUUGACGCGCUGGACGUUGCGAACAAGAUCGGUAUAAUAUAA